AUGCUCACCAACUCAGACCAGUCCCUGCAUGUGCCCAUCAAAGCCCCACUGCCCGGCUAUAGUCCGUCUCGAGCCCGGUCCUCCCUGUCUCUCCCAGAACCAGAACCAUGGAGGAAGACCAGCCCCUCACCGGUGCGCUGUGGUCUGGCCCCAGGCAACCGCUCGUGCUCUCUGCAGGUACCCAACACCGUCCCCGGGCACCUGGGCCUCCCGCUGCGGGCCGCCAGCUUCGACAUGCCACGAGCAGGGGACGACUCAGACCAGGGCACGGGAUCCCAGAGCCCCCACAGCGCUCACCGCAGGAGGGGCGGGCUGGUGGAGCAGAAGGAUGUGAUCAUGGCUCACCAAUCGCACAAGAUUCAGAGCACGCCACAGGCCCGCAGGAAGGAGUGGGAGUGA